AUGAAUCAAGUUUGGGUGUUCUUUAAGCUGAUAGAAGUAUUUUUAGGCAGCAUCUGCAUGGGCUUUCAUGUUGAGGGCUCUAUGUACUGGCCCGAGCCCAUACCCCACAUCAUUCUUUACUGCGCGACCUUUGGCUCCUACACUCUCCUGGCCGCCUUGGGUGCCUUCCGACUGCUGCUGAAAAAGAGCUCGAUACUGUCAUCAGAGCUACUGCUCGCCGCCAGUGCCAUGGGCUUGCACUAUUCCUGUGGCCUGCUGGUCAUGAGGAGUGCCAGGCAGGAUAAGCAUUUGUCGGCCAUGAAUUCCACGUGGCAGUAUCUGGAGCAUCCGCAUUUUGCGCGCUGCAAGAGACAGAGCAUUGGGGCGUUGAUUACGGGCACUAUGUAUCUGAUGCACAUGUUCCUGCUGCUCGAUCUGCUGAUGCGCAUGGAGCCCGGGGCAUGGCGGCGUCAAGCCACAGGAGAACUGCGUGAAGGCUUCCCAGAUGUGCUGGCAGAACGUUCCACCGAUCUGUUUGUGCUCUCGAAGCCAGUCGAUGAUUUUCUGUGUCGCCGCUGCAAGUUCUAUGAUCGUCUGGCGCAUUCCCAGCCACUGCGUUUCAAGGAUACAGGCGUCGAUGAAGAAGGACCCACAUUUAUGGAGAAGGUUUUUAAUCUGUUGAUUGGCAUACGGAAUGUCCUUUUCCGCGUGCAUGCCGUCGAGAGCGAAGAGAGUUUCUUGGAGACGCCCACAAUCACCACAAGUGAGGAGUCGAUGGAUCUCUACGAGUCUUCAGUUUCCAUGGAAGAUGGAGAGGGACGCACACGCCACAGGGACUCCUGGACAUGGCGUGGCUCAAGCGAUUCCUCUAGCCUUUGGGCAAAGAUCGAGGACUGGAGUACUCCAAAUGAACCGAUCAAAACGACGGAUGAAUCUACGCUGAAGGAUGUUGACAGUCAGGAAACCAUGGUGGGGGAUAUAAGAAGCACAAGUGAUCCACUAUCGAGCGAAAGAUCAGCUGUAGAUUCAGAUUUAGAGGAGUCAACUUUAAAGGAAGAUAGUCCUGUGACAAGCGAAGGAACUCAAGAGAUUGAUGGCUUAAAGGAUGAAGAAAUGGCACCAUUGAAGGAUAAGCCAGAAGGAAAAAAAGUCCUUUGAAGCGAGGGAUACAUUCAAGAAAAAAUCCCCACCGGUAGGAUUAAAGAAGAAAAAGAAAGUAAAGCAGAAAAAGAAGGAAGAAACCCCCACGAAGAGUGUUUCAGAGCCUGUAACUAUCCAGUCAGAGCAAACUAAAGAAGAUAAUUUACAAGAAGAACAGGAGAUUUCUCCUGAGGAACCAACAGACGACUCCUCUAAGGAUCGCAAGAAACUAACUUUUCACGAAGAAACCAAGGAAGAGUAAAGUCAAAGACAGAAUCACAGGGAGGCUGGAGAUUUCAGCAUUCA